AUGAGCUCCGCUGACGGCGGACAGAUAUUCAGUUGGGCACUUGGUAACAGUACCGACGGCGGCGGUGGACGUAUCGCGUUCGUAGGACUAUCCACAAUAACCAACAGUGGUUACGUGGCCACUCGAUUUCCAACCGAGGAAGAGAAAAGUGUUUUUAAACAAAUUAYCUUGAAAGUCACUAGAAUCCUAAUACCAGUGGCACCGCUUCAGAGACUGCAGUUCCGAGUCGCAGAAUUUUUCUGUUUAUUUGCCGAUAAACGUUCGGUCGAACAUGAGUCUGACAAAUGCCAAGCCCGAAAUCGUUUUCCGUAUGAAACAUACAGUUGGAAUGAAAGCAUGUUGAAAAUGAACUAUGGCGGUGUUCGUGGGUGGCAUUGGACUGUGGACUCGGAGCGGCCGCUGCUGGUCCGUUAUUUUUCGGUGGCCAACCGGGGCGUUGGCCGGACUGAGUGGACGGUGAACUGCGACGAGCCGUGGAGGCAGCUGCCGGACGUGRACGGGCCGCCUAGAGACGGGGCUUGGAGCUGUUGGGGCGAGUGGGAGCGGUGCACGAAAACUUGUGGCGGCGGGACGGGAGUGCGGAGCAGGCGGUGCGACAGUCCUAGGCCAAACGUGGCGGGCAGACCAUGCUCCGGGCCGGCCACGGUGGUCGGCGCGUGCAACCAACACGAGUGCGGACAGGUGUCAGAAAAGACGGCGACCGCAGUACGACGGUUACUGGCCGGACGAACGCAUAACGCGGUGGCCACUGUCGGCGACCGGUUGACAGUGAUUUGCGACCGGUCGACUGUGGACGCUGUUCGGGCUGAUUCGCCGAGCGCCCGGUUUUAUUGGUUGCGAAACGGUAAGGCCGUAACGUCGACUGUCGCAGACGACGAGGACAGAUGCACUUUGGUCAUAAGUUCGUGUACAACUCGUGAUUCAGGAGUAUAUGCAUUUGUGGCACAGCCACCUAAAUCUAAAAGAAUUGUGUUGAAACUGUUUGCUGUGGCUAUAAAUGACAAGCCAAUAGAUGUAUACAUUGGAGAUGUGGUUAGAGUGCAAUGCAAAGCAGCAACACUGAGCUAUUUAUUUAAUGGUUUGUCUCAAGAAUGGCUUGUAAAUGAUAGUUUUGUGAUCAAAAAUUAUGGAAUUAAUUCCCUAGCGUCGAUUGAUGUAGAUACAAUAACAAUAGAAAAUAUUCAUUUUCAAGGCAUUUGGAAAUGUAUUGUCAAGAGCACUGAAAUGAAUAGCACUUGGAUCACUAAUGUAAUGGAAAUUAAAGUGAUUGGACUAUCAACCAGAUGGACCCAAAUAAUGCAAGACCCUAUCAUAAAAAUACUGUUCAAAAAUAAAUCACMAAAUACAAUCAUUUUUAUUUGUAUAAUACUUAUAUCAAGUUUAUGUAUUGGCACUUGGUGCUGUGCUUAUAUAUUUAACAGAUGGCGCAUACAGUUAUUUAAAAAAAAAUUUGCUGGAAUAAAAACUGAAAAUGAUGGAAUUUAUAAGAGAGUCCCAUAUCAACGUUUAUGAAAAAUAAGUUUUAAUGAGUUGUCU